GAAAUGUAUAUAUAAUAAGUUAUAAUAUAUAUAUAUAUUGAAUAAAUAUGGGUACAUUAAUGGAUUGUCGAGAAAAUGGAAAAAAUAAACUUGUAGUUCUAAUUAGCGGGUCGGGUACAAAUCUUCAAGCAAUUAUUGAUGCAUGUGCAUCUAAGAGAAUUAAUGGAUAUAUAUCUAGAGUGAUUUCGAAUACGAGAUCGGCAUAUGGUAUUAUUCGAGCAGAAAAAGUAGGAAUUCCGACUACAAUACAUCUUCUUCUUCCGUAUAAAAGAAAAGAAGAGCCUAAUUCAACAGGGAUUAAAAUAGCACGAUAUAAAUAUGAUAGGGAUCUUUCGAAUAUUAUUAUUGAAGAAAAUCCGGCGUUAGUUAUAUGUGCAGGAUGGAUGCAUAUUCUAUCGAAUGCAUGCCUUGAUCCAUUAGAAAAAUAUGGAAUUAAACUUAUUAAUCUUCAUCCAGCACUUCCAGCAACGUUUGAUGGAAUACAUGCGAUAGAAAGGGCAUAUAAAGCUUUUUGUGAGGGAAAAAUUAUGAAAACGGGGGUUAUGGUACAUCAAGUUAUUGAAAAUAUUGAUCAAGGAACACCAAUUAUUGUUAAGGAAGUUCCUAUGUUAAAUGAUGAAACUUUUAGUCAAUUUGAAGAACGAAUGCACAAAAUUGAACAUGAAGUUAUAGUGGAGGCAAUAUCAAUUAUUUUAAACGCUACAAAUAAGUAAAUUGAUGUCAUUAAUAUUUUUUUAAAAAAAUAUAUGACAUUGAAU